GCCUUCUGUAUUCAAACUCUCUCUCUCUCUCUCUCUCUCUCUUCUCUCUCGCUCGCUUUUUUUUCGAGUCGAGUGCUUGGGCGAUAAGUAAUCAAACGAAACCCUAGUAUUCGAUCGCGUUCUGCGAGUAACCAUUAGAGUGAUGGAAGGUGGCUUCUUGUCGGUUCCACGAACCGACGGUAGCGACGCGGCUUUCCCGGCUGGUCUUCGAGUGUUGGUGGUAGAUGAUGAUCUAACUUGGCUCAGGAUCCUUGAAAAGAUGCUCAAGAAGUGUUCCUACCAAGUGACUACUUGCUCUUUGGCAAGCGAUGCUCUGAAUGUGCUUCGUGAAAGAAAAGAUGGUUUUGAUAUUGUUAUUAGUGACGUUAACAUGCCUGACAUGGAUGGUUUCAAGCUCCUGGAGUAUGUUGGGCUCGAGAUGGAUCUCCCUGUCAUCAUGAUGUCUAUUGAUGGGGAAACAAGCAAGGUGAUGAAAGGUGUUCAACAUGGAGCAUGUGAUUAUCUUCUUAAACCGAUACGAAUGAAAGAACUUAGGAAUAUAUGGAUGCAUGUCUUCAGGAAGAAAAUACACGAAGGAAAAGGCAAUGAAACUAGCUGGGGAGCAGAUAACUAUGAUGAUGAGCAGCAAUUCAAUGGCAGUAAUUUGGCUGCCAUGAAUAAAAGGAAAGAUGUAGAAAACAAAAGACGUGAUGACCAAGAGUUAGUAGACCAUUCAGCAACUAAGAAAGCUAGAGUAAUUUGGACUGUUGAACUUCAUAAGAAGUUCGUUGACGCUGUUAGUCAGAUUGGGUUGGAAAAAGCUGGCCCUAAGAAAAUUCUUGACUUGAUGAAUGUUCCCUGGUUGACCAGAGAAAAUGUUGCUAGCCACCUGCAAAAGUACCGGCUCUACCUGGGUCGUCUGCCAACGGAGAAAGAAACAGAAAAUUCUUCUGUAGGGAUGAACGAGCUGAAUUUCCCUCCAAAUCCUUCUGGAAGUUUGAAGGUUGCAGUGGAUCAGAAGAAUACUAGUUGCGGGAGCACUAGUUGCACACAAAAGAAUAUACCUGCCAACACAAGGCCAGAAGAUCGUGAUGGCCAUGAAAACAAUAUGCCUUACUUUUUGCCAGUGACAACUGAAUUUCCUGAUUCUCAGACAGAAAACAUUAAUUCUCACACGGGCUUCUCCAAUUCUCCUGGAUUGCCUUCUCAAAACGUUAAACUUACACCGCUUGAAUCAACACUGAAAUGUUGGCAACCGGAUCAAGUUCUGAGUAUGCAGUUUGAACAGCCAUUAAACCAAAAGCUCAAGCCAUUCAUGCUGCCACUGGAUGAUGACUGCUGCAAACUACUGCCUAGUCCUCGACAUAGUAUCCAAGGUGAUCUCUUACAUUCUGCCUCUUCCCUGGAUUCAAUUGCUUCUUGUGUCCCGGAAAUAGACAAGUCUGCUGGUUUCAAGACGCCUAUAUGUCAUCAACGUAGAAGCGAUGACAGCAGAAAUGAAUCUCCAAUGGGAAGGAUGGUCAAUUCCACUCCUCUUCCAGUUGAGAACUACAUCUCAAAACAAGAAUUCUUGGAGGCCAUUCCUAGCGUCGCUUUAGGUUCGAAAUGCCCCACGGUUGGUUUGAUUUUCGGGCAGCCUGAUAUAGAUUGUUCAACUUUCUCAUCCACUUUGCAAGAAAACUUGCAAUUCUGCUUGCCCCAAGAUCAUGGAAAUACCGGGGUCCGGACGCUGGGGAACUGGGAGCUCUUGGACUACGACCAUCCACACUUAUUUCCUGAAUUUCAGAUUUUCUGUGCUGAUUAUGAUGAGUUUGGGAUGCAGUUGUGAUGAUCUUUAGCAGUUGUGCGCAAAAUUCUUUUUAGCUGAAAGGGUGUUAGUUACUGCAUAAGGUAGGUAGACCUAAGUAACCACCAGCACAGCACUUGUCUAUGGCUAAUAAUUGUAAUUUCCUUUGGAUUGAAUGUUAUUUAGUUGCAUGUUCGUGUUCAUAAGUGUCGGUCUGAUGUGUGGUGCAGUGUGUAGUGUAUCUAUGAGGAAGCAUGACACAGUUGGAUUUGAAUCUCUUGUAAAUUUUAGGUUUCAAGUAUUUACUCUCCAUGCAUGAAGUAGAGAAACACAACCAUAGUCUUCGGCUUGUAUGUUUUAUGAAAAUGUUAUUUGAACGAUCAAGUUUGACACUUUUAUUGAC